UAUACUUGAAUGUGGCGCGAAAUAUAACUAAUUACGUCGUAAUAAAGCAUUCACGAAUUAGUUGAAUUGUCGAAAUAUUAUGUGACAUUUGACAUAUUUCUUGAUAGCAAUGGAGCUUGGAGUUGGUAUAAUGUCUCCAGCAGAAGUUGAGUUUCUUGCUGAGAAAGAACUUGUUACAAUUUUCCCUAAUUUUUCUCACGGGAAAAUUUAUUUAAUAUCUGGAGAUGUAGGUCCAUUUGUUCCCAGUUUGCCUGUCCAAGUGCCUUUAUGGUUAGCUGUUAACUUGAAACAAAGACAGAAGUGUCGAUUGCUACCUCUUGACUGGAUGAACAAAGACGUUUUAGAAGAGAAGAAACAAGAAGAAUACAACAACAAAUUUUUUACCGCCAUGCCUAGUCCACAUUACAGAGAAAUUACUCAGCUACUCAUGAGUAUAGCUCCUAUGGAUAUUCCUCAUGCAGAGGAUAUUCAAACAUUGAUAAAAGACAUCUGGGAUAUCCGAAUGGCGAAAUUACGAAGUUCCAUUGAUGCAUUUAUCAAGGGAGAAGAAACCCAUGCUAAACUUGAUCACCUUACUUUAAUGGAAAUUAAUACUGUUCGCCCCCUUUUGACAAAUACUUUGAAUAAACUGUACCAGUUACGUCAAGUUUCUUCAUUUGGCACGUCAGAGAGUCAGGAAUGGUAGCAGCUGUCAGCUAAAUAUUUCUCUCAAUACAGAACAGAAAACUGUCUUAGUCUUCUGUAGAUUGUUUGGUUUGAUCUACCAGUAGGUUUAAAUUGGUAAUAACUGUUUUCAGAAAAUAUUUUGUUUGGGAUGCCAUAGUUAUGGCUUAUAACUUGCAUCUUCAAGUUGGUUUAUUGGAUGCUUCAAAGUGCCAGAAUUUUCAACAAUUUUUGUAUAUACAGUACCCGAUACAAUUAUUUUUUCCCCUCUCUCUCUCUUUUUUAAAUAGAAAAAUAAUCGUUUAGAGUAAGUAACCCCUAUGGUGGAUCACAACUGUCCAAGGUUGAAACUAUAGAUAUACUAAUGGUGUUGUAAAUAUUGAAGUUAAAGAUCUGUAAAUUAUUAUUUUUUUUAUACUUAAUGCAUAGUUGACUUUUCUCUGUUAACAUCAUCAAGACCCAACAGUACCCAUAUUUCAAAGGGAUAAACUAACUGGUAUUCGGAACGGUCUGUAGAUUGUGCCCGACAAUUUCUUUCUUCUUCUCUUAGAUAAAACCUUCCGCCCAGCAAAGAUGAUUUGUAUAGUUUAAAAACCUUGGUUUUCAGGUGUUUAUCUUCCAAAUAAAUUAAUUUUUAUUGUUUGCAUAUAAAAGUAUGAACACUAUUAAAAAGGUUUAAGUUAACUUUGACAAGAGUAGUAGUUUGUAGAAUUAUACAUGGACUGUUCUUUAUACAUUAAAAUACAUCGAUUUGCAGACUUUCUUCCCUCUUACAGGAGCCUUCGUUGGGCAACAAUCUACAUUGUUGCCUGAUAAAAGCUGGUUAGAAGGCUGAAAGCUUGCAAUUAAAAGAAUAAUCCAUGGAUAAUUCUACAUAUUAAAUUACCUUAGUUACGAGUCUUUAAAAAAACAAAUAUAGUAGUAGUUUUGUUUGUCAUUUAAAACGGACAGCAAAAUACAUGUACAUGGUUUGGAACCAUUUUUUCCUAAACAUCAUUUGUUAUUGUAGGCAGUUUUAAGUGUUCUAAUCCCAUAAUGGAUAACAAGUUUUAAUAACAUUUUAUGUAUUCUUGUUCUUGGCUACUAGUAGACAAAGUGUUUAAAUUUUUGUAAAAGAAAAAUUAUGAAAAUCAGUUUAUUAAAUAUUCUUCAGCGGGGUGUAAAUUCUUCCAAAAAUGUACAGAAGUUUUUCAUACCUUCAAACAAGGCACCCAAAAUUAUUCUCACAUUUUUCACCAUGUCUUACUGGUUAACAACAGUGCCAUAACAACAUAGUCUCAGCUACAAAUCCUAAUAGUUGAUAAAAAGUUUCUUUCUCUUUUCAGAAGUAUAUUUAUCUCUUGAGAUUCAUGGUUAUCACUCACUGCAAAGCAAUGUUUUUCUAAACUUACCAUAUUGACUUUAAAAUAACCAAUCACAAUUUAUGUUAUAUGUAACUUUCAUCGAGACCACAGCAGGAACUUAUCACUAGAAAAUGAAAAAUAAAAUGCUUCCAAUACAUUUAAA